CCCUUCAUCACUCACCAGCUCCAACGACGUCUCAGGACAUCCUACAAACCCAACAACCCCAAUAACUAACAAGCAUCCACCCCUUACAAAAAGACCGCGAACCAAUCAUGAACUGCCUCUUCUACGCCGCUUGCUUUUUGGCCCUCCUCCAGUCAGCACUGGCCAUGCCGACUCUUGCGACACGAGCAGACCAGGUCGCAGCUUCCCACAAAGGACAAUCAGACGAGAAAUGCUACUUCGGAUGCGGGUUUAGCAAUUACGGCCUUUACGGUUCCCCCUUUGGCAGCUCUUACCUCACGAACUACAUGAGCCCGUACUUCUACGGAAACAAUCUCUAUGGAGGCCUCAAUUACAACUUGGCCUACAACAGCUACGGAUCUAACUUCGGGAUCGGCGCUAACCUAGGGCUAUUCAAGAAGGACGCGUCUGAAGCAAACAAGCACCAAGAGAACUCGGCAUGAGAUCGCGAUUUGAUAGAGUUAACGAUGUCCUAUUUAGAAUAAUUUGUAUCACAACGGCAGUCUGAUCCGUUCUUAGUUCCCUUUAUUUAUGCCUUCUCUAAUCGUUAUGUUUUCCAUCCAUAGUGAUCAACGAAUAUGCCCUCCAUCUAUAUGUAUACUUUCAAUUACAGCAAUGCGUAUCUCCUUCAAUAUCUGGUUGUUUUUGUUGUAUCAUCACUUGAAAAACAUCCAAUGUUGUGUUAGAAAUUUUUCUCAAGUAAAAUAAUUGCCUAUGCACACUGCAUGUUUGAGAGCUUAGUGCCAAUGGAAACUGAGGUCAUCGG